AUGAAGGAAACAGAGCUGGUUCAAGGUCGGUUCUCAACAUUGAGGAACUUUAACAUAGGUAACAAAACGGUGCUUGUGAAAGCAUUUUCGUGUCCACAGCCGAUUGCAGACGCCGAAAAGAAUAUACUCCGACAAUGCGCAGAAUCUGAAGGGGCCAAAAACAUUGUCAAGAUUUAUGACGCUUUUCCUGCAAAAGGCGUCACAAUGAUCUUGGAAUAUUGCGAGGAAGGCAACCUGAACCAAUAUGUGAGUAAACGUUUAUUCAUGAAGAAACCUCCGAAUGCAGCCGACUGUCGUUCUUUCAUGACCGACAUUGCCAGUGGUUUGCAGUUUCUUCACCACAUUGAUAUCAUACACGGCAACCUACUGCCAGAAAACAUCCUUGUGACGUCAUACAGUAAACCUGUUUAUAAAAUAGGAGGAUUUGGAUCGGCAGCUCGUCGCAAGGCCAGGAGAAAUAACAGGAGAGUUGAGGAACAUGGUGGGUUAGAUGCGACUGAAGACUCUUGUUUUUUGCCCCCUGAAGGGGCUCUGGACAAGAAAAGUGAUAUUUUCUCCCUUGGAGCUGUCACCUAUGCUUUAUGGAGUCCGCAAUUUGUCAACGACAAACUAGUUGCCUACUAUGGUGGACGUCAUCUGGCCAAGAUGGCAGGGGAAAUAGACCUCCGUCACAUCACUGACCAGAGACUGCGAGACAUCAUCAAUGAAGCCUUAAAAGGAGAUAUAGUUGGACGCCCAACAGCAGAACAACAAACUGAUGUGAAGACCAAAAACAAGUGCCCUUGGACUCCACCUUCCACAGCCACAAGCAACGGAUGA